AUGCAUCUCACCACCCUUCUCACCGGUGCCAUCGCCGCGGCCGGCGUCAUGGCUCACCCCGGCGACGACCCUUCCCACGAGAUUGCCGAGCGCCGGGAAUACCUCAAGCAUAACCGCCGCGACCUCUCUCACUGCACGGAGAAGAUGAAGCGCAACGGGCUCGCCCGCCGCUCUGCCGAGAGGCGUGCCAAGAGGGCUCUCGACCUCACUGCCGCCAAGGCCCCCACGCUUACGCCAAGCAAACGUCAGAUCGAUGAGUUCCUCAACAUCGACCACCACUCCGACGAGGAGUACACCAUGGACACGAACCCCGCCGACCUCUUUGCCAACGGAAACUACUGCGUCCUCACCCCGAGGUCACUGAGGGCCCUUACUCUGAAAUUAGACGUGAGUGGCGAAUAUGUUCGAUCCAACAACAUUGAGGAGCAAGAGGGUGUCUACGUCGCGUUUGAUACGCAGGUCAUUGACGUUGACACCUGCGAGCCCGUCCCCGACCUCUACAUCGAGAUCUGGCACUGCAACUCCACCGGCGUCUACAGCGGCGUAGUCGCCUCCGGCAACGGCGCCGGCACCGCCGACCCCACCAACAUCGACAACACCUUCCUCCGCGGCGUGCAAAGUCCGACGCCGACGGCGUCGUCCAGCCGUCGCCCCUACAACACCAACACCCAGGAGCUCACCCUCAACUCCGAGGACAACAUCCUGUCCGAGGAGGCCAACACCGGCGUCGACCCCAUCCUCAGCUACGUCCUGCUCGGCGACUCCGUCGAGGACGGCCUGCUCGCUUGGUUGGCGUUCGGCGUCGACAUGACCUACAUCCGCAACGUCAGCGCCGCGGCGACGCACUUCGAGGAUGGUGGCGUCGGCAACGAGAACAGUGGUUUCCAGCCCGGCGGCCCCGGUGGUGCCGGCCCUAGCGGUGGUCCCGGAGGUUUCCCCAGCGGUGUCUUCCCCAGCGGUGGUGCUGCCCCUACGGGAACUGCCCCCGGUGGAAGCGCCCCCACUGACGUUGCUACUGACGACGCCUCUUCCUCGGAUACCGGAGCUGUAGCCUCCACCACCGUGCUUUCUAGCGGAGGAUCCUGCCAGCGCCGUAGGGCUCUGAAGUUCUAA